CUGAGCACAGAUCGGCUUGACGGCCCUGGUUACAUCUCCGUUUUCUGCGAUUUCUAUCACAUUUUAUCUAUGAGUUUCCUCCGUCGCCGUGUCGAUUUUUCUUCAGCACACGUUGAAGGAAGGAAAUACGAGCCAAACAAGAAAAAGUGCAACUGUCUCCCCUCAUAUUUCGACCCAACGGCUCUGCGACGCUGUGGGGUUCGUAGGAAGCAACUGCACCUUUUAUCCCGAAACUUCAUCUUGGUUGCGCUAAUGAGCACAGUUACCUGCACACGGUGAAACUCAAACAUCACAUCUCCUCCAGCCUGGCGCCGCUGUCCCCGGAGUUACAAACCAGUGGAUAAACCGUGUGAGAGCCUCCUCCUCCUCUGUAGUCACCGCCGACAGUCACUGCAGUGGACUUUGUGGGGAAACUGUGGUGUCUUCUUCUCCAUCGUGAGCUAAAGGACUUGGCUGUGUUUCGAGCUAAAAAUGCAUUUUUCCAUACCUGAAACGGAGGUCCGUUCGGGAGAAAAUGGAUCAACAUAUGUGGCCUACAACAUCCACGUCAAUGGUGUGCUGCACUGUCGGGUACGCUACAGUCAACUCCUCGGCCUCCACGAACAGAUAAAGAAAGAAUAUGGCAGCAAUGUGGUGCCUGCCUUCCCCCCAAAGAAGAUCUUCACUCUGACUCCUGCUGAGGUCGAACAGAGACGUGAGCAGCUGGAGAAAUACAUGCAGGCUGUGCGUCAGGAUCCCUUGCUUGGAGCCAGCGAGAUGUUCAACAGCUUCUUAAGGAAAGCACAGCAGGAGACGCAGCAGAUUCCCACAGAAGAAGUCUCUCUAGACAUCUGCCUCUCCAACGGUCAGAAGGUCACAGUCAACAUUCUCACUUCAGAUCAGACGGAGGACGUCCUUGAUGCUGUUGCAACAAAGCUCGACCUUCCAGAUGACCUUGUUGGUUACUUCAAUCUCUUCCUUGUACGUGAAGGUGUGGAUGGAGGUUUAACAUUUGUGCGGAAGCUGCAGGAGUUUGAGCUGCCUUAUGUAUCCAUUACCAGCUUGCGGAGCUCUGAAUUUCACAUACUCCUACGGAAAAGCUACUGGGACAUGGCGUAUGAUGCUGAUGUCAUGGACAACAGAGUCGGCCUGAAUUUGCUGUACGCGCAGACAGUGUCUGACAUUGAGCGAGGCUGGAUACUCGUCAACAAAGACCAGCACAGGCAGCUCAAAUCACUGCAGGAGAAAGGCUCCAAGAAAGAAUUCAUCCAUCUAGGUCAGACUCUCAAAUAUUAUGGUUACAUCAAGUUUGACCCUUGUAUCACCGACUUCCCUGAGAAGGGCUGCCAAGUCAUCGUGAGUGCCGGCAACAACGAGCUCAACUUCCACGUCAAGCUGCCCAACGAACAGAUGAAGGAGGGAAGCUUUAAGGUCACGCGCAUGAGGUGUUGGCGCGUCACGUCUUCACAAGUCCCGAUAGCCAACGGUACCACCAAUCCCUGCAGCUCGUCCAAAUGUGAGGUCAAACUGGAGCUGGCCUUCGAGUAUCUGAUGAGCAAGGACCGCCUCCAGUGGGUCACCAUCACCAGUCAACAGGCUAUCAUGAUGAGUAUCUGCCUUCAGUCUAUGGUGGAUGAACUAAUGGUGAAGAAGUCAGGCGGUAGCAUUAAGAAGAUGCUGAGGAAACGACACAACGGCUCCAUCCACCGGUCAGACAGUCAGCAAGCUGUGAAAUCUCCCCCUCUACUGGACUCGCCUGACCCGAACCGUGAACAAAUCGUCAAACUCUCUACCAAGCUGAGCUCGGUGUCUCUUCGAGGGAUCAGCGCUUCCAACUCGGCAAACGACAUCAGCGGCAAUGAUUUUCACGGUAACUAUGCUUUCGAGGGAAUUGGGGACGACGACCUGUAACCCCUGACUCGCCCUCCUCCCCCCUCUUCACUCCACUGUCAGCGACUGGGACGACAAAGAUUACACGCUGAGCUGAGCCGAGCCGAGCCGAGCGGGCCACACACGCCUCCGAUUCUGCAAGAUUGUAGCUUCUUCCUGGAGAAAUCGCUGCCUUAAGCUCUCAUUUAAUCUUUGUCCUUUCUUUUAGAUUUUUAAAAGCUCGUCUUGAUUUUAGUUUCAAUCAUAUUCAAACUUUGUCCCUGUGAUAUUACACUUGUGGCGACAUACAGUUAAUAGCAUAUAAAGCUGCAGGUACGCAAAUAGGGAUGCUUUUUUUGUACGUUACUGACAAAUUCCUACUUCUGUUUCUUUCACAUGGAUUACUGUUUAAUUUACAGUAUAUUUGAAGUUCUAUAAUGCAGUUAAAUUCAUGAGGUACAAAGUAAAUUAAUAUAUUAUCAACUACAUGAAGAAAACCUGCUAGAUUCUUCCCCCCCCGGUGGCUGCAUGUUCCUUUCCGACCCGAGAGCCAAAUGUUUAGUUAGACCUGGCACUAGUGAUAAACAGCAGAACUGGACAUGGAUAGUUCUCAACACGAGUCCAGUGAAUGUGUUGAAAUUGAUCUCAAAACUGUAGACUAUUCAGAGCAUCUGCUUACUUAUAUGGAUGAUCGAUGUUCGGCUUGGCUAUAUACCAAAAUGUCUUGUUUUUAUACUGUCAGUGAUCCUCUGUGUGUCAUGCUACUCAUGUGCCAAGUCAGUAAAUAAUCUCAGUGGUGUUUUCAGCUUUUAGGUUUGAGGCACAGUCACUCAUACUGCCUUCAGAAAUAGUCUGAUGCCUUAAAGGAGAACUCUGGUGUUUUUCAGCCUGGACUCUAUUUUCCUAUGUUUUUGUGUCUAAGUGACUAAAGCAAACAUUAAUUUUUGAAAAAUUUCCAGUCCUGAGUGGGAGUACUGCAGCCGAGAAACAGGUUGCAAUGUAAUCGCUCAGGGCAGGUGCACUCAAUUGCACUGUCAAUUUAACUAAAAUGCUUUUUUUUUUUUUUUUUUGACUGACGGGCUCUGAUUGUGAUUACAAGUGUCUUGUACCGUUUCGGAAAGGAGUGAAAUGUUUUUUCUGUACCUUUUGCUCGUUGUGGUUUGUUUUGUGUCCAAGUCUCACUCUGAAAUGUCAUGAGAGGAGACUUGUCACAAAAGGAAAACGUUGGAAAUGUUUGUGAGAGUUGAAGAGGAGAGCUGGAUUGUGCUGGAGUACAGAAAGCAUGUUUUACUGUUAACUAAACUACUUGGCUGAACAUUUAGCUGGUUUUGAGCAUGUGAAAAAAAUUGGAGAGAGUUCAGAACGAGGCCUUUUUCUGUGCUUUUCUCUGGUCCUGGUCUGUUUUGUAAUCAAGUAGAACAAGUCAGAUUCUGAUAUCUUGUAGACUUUUUCCACAUUGUCAAAGUUAGCUAUUUAUUUGAGCCAUGACAUUGAAUGUUUUUGUAAAUGAGAGUAAGACACAAUCUCUAUACUCCAACACGGGUCUCACUAACGUCAAGUCUCUUAAUGAAAUCUCGCGAGAGAAGACUUGUUGCAAGAAAAAAAAAGUGGAAACAUUAGACAGAGUUGGAGAGAGAGGAGUGCUGGUAACAGUUUGUUGUGUUGGAGUACAUCUAUAAAAAAAUCUGUCAUGGUUGAAUAUUUAGCUAAUUUUGGGAACAUUAAAAAUCAUUGACCUUUUUUUCUACCUUUCGCUUGUUCUGGCCUGUUUUCUGCCCAUUUCUCACUACAGGAGAUGUUUCAUUCUAAAAUCUAAUCGACUUCUCCACAUUGUCGAAUUCAGCUAAAUCUUCAGCCAUGACAUUGAAUAUCUUUUAGAUGACGGUAAGAUAUGCUUUCUGUAAUCCAUCACAAGUCUCGCUAACAAGAAGUCUCUUUAUGAAAUCUCGCGAGAGGUGGAUUGUUGCAGGACCUAAAUGUCCACCUUCCGAACUUGCGGACUGAGCUCUCAUGUUCAGUCAUACGUUCUGUGACGUGUUCUCUGUCAUCAUGUUAAGUCUGAGAGGGCAGAGACUGCAAGCCGCUCAUACACAGGCUUUGAGUCUGUUUCACCCGUUGCCAUGGAGACAUUUGAGAGACAACUACAGUCAUGUACACAAUGAUUGCUGCUGUCUUAUUUUGUCUGCUCAUCUUUCUAUCCCAGCGGAUAAGAUAUAAAUCCCAUUUUUGUGACUGAACAAAAUGAUAUUCACACUUUUCUAUACAAAAUAUAGGUUACAGGUAGUUUUCAUGAUGUAAUUAAAUGUUUUUUUCUAACACAUAUGAUUCAAGUAACAUUUUAGCACAGUAAUUUAUCAUAAGUUUUUUUUAUCUGCAUUUACAAAAAAAAACCAUGAAGCAUUAUAUCUGUAUUUAUAUGAACUGUGGUUUAAUUAAACCUGCAAAGUCUGGUGAAGUCUGCACCCGACGCAGACUCUCAAAAAGUCUGCAGAAAGUCCGCUUCAGGCCACUUGAGGACUUGAUGAAUUGUGGAUUUGGACAGCCCUCUGCACCUGCAGACUUGCCAUGUGUGCCUGCAAAGUCCGCGAGUCUACAAGUUUGGUGAAGUCCAGAUAUUUGGAUUCAGCCCUUGUUCACACAAGUCACUUAAACACAAAAACGUGGGAAAAUAGGAUCCGGGUUGAAAAAUACCAGUGUUUUUCCUUUAACUCUUACUUUUUGGCCUCGUGGGUAAACUUGUCAUUACCUUAGUUGAAGCUUCAGAUGAACGGUGGUGUCAGCCGGUGUUACCUAGAAUCUUGCAGAACUUGAUCGAUGGUUGAUUUGGCCGAGCUGCUUGCACUUGCUGAACCCAUCAUUUUUGCACAGUAUUACAGGUGGAGAUGAAUGUUUGAGUGGAAGCUCGAGCAUGACUUUUAAAACAUUGUGUGGAGAUUUUUAUUUCCUUCCCAAGGGGCUCUGUAAAAAUCCAUCUAUGAUUUUUUUUUUUUUAAACCAAUUUUUUAAAGGUUUCUCAUGAAUGCCAAAUUAUAGUUUACUAAAGCAUUUUGCACAAAAUAAACAUAAAAAAUUAUGACAAUGUCACUUUUUUAUAUUAUGUACAUGCAAUUAAGUAUUCUGAACAUUUACUAAUAUCUUUAUCAUCAAUAGCUUAUUGUAAUCAAAUAGAUCAAAUGUAAUCUAAGGUGUAUAGAACAAAAGUUUAAAUGGACUAACAUUUAUCAUUGUUUACAUAAUGUUUAGGGGACUUUUAGUUAAAGUGUUUACAAAUUUUGCAUAAGAUUUUUGUUGUUCUUUUGUUGUGCGAGUGAUGUUGUGGUUGGGGAGCAUUUUUUUGGGGGCUUCAGUUCAUUGUAAUUUGUACGUACAUCGUGCCAAUCAUCUCAGAGGAUUUAGCCAAAAAGGUGCUUUGGUAAAGUGUCUAAUGUGAUCACAACUGCUGGAGUGAACAACAAAAAUGAACAUAUCCCGCUGUUUUAUAAGACGUCAUUCCAUUUUUAAUUGCUAUUGAGCUGCGUCUCAGCAAAGCCUCUAAAUGUAAAUCGACCUAUCGACAGCUUUACUCUCACUGGUAGCCACAACUGUAAACAAAAUGUUCUCAUUAUAAAUGUCUCGUUCGUUCACUGCUGUGCUGCUUCUUCUGUCUUCAGUUGCAUUCACGGCAUUUUUGGACGCCACUUUUCAUUUAGAUUUUCUUUAUUCCUGUCAAUACAUGAAAGCUGCGAGGUCCUGGAUGUUAAUAAAUGUGUAGGUGCCAAAUUAAAGUGCAUUUAUCAUCACUUUUACAGAAAAUGUCAGAUUUCAUGAUGAUUGUAUUGACUUGAUUCAUUCCACUACUUUUCAUUUUGAUUUUAGUGGUAAGGUCAGUGACAACUGUCAUGAUGCUAAAAUAAACUCUGAAAUUAGG